GUGCCAGCGCAGCGCAGGCCAACUACUGUUUUGCUACAUGUAGUGUGAAAAUGAAAUGAAGGGCAUCGUCGAGUUAUUUUAUAUUAUGGUUAAACAUGUGAUGUUCGAUGUUUCGACACUAGGCCUAUUUGAACAAUAUAAAUAAGAAAUCAAAAGUCUCCAUCGAGAUGUUUUGGUCAGACUACUCCAGUAACUAUGGAGAAAACGAGGUCGUCGGCAGUGUAAACCCCGGAGACAGUUCAUCGAGGCCUGCCCAUUCAGAUGUUUUGGUUCGUGACGCUCGGGAGUUUGCAACCACAGCGAUAAAAUGCGACCAGGCAGGGCAGUAUCAAACUGCCAUAUUCUACUACGCUGAAGCCAUCCAAGCAAUGUAUAAUGCAUCUCUUGCUGAUCCAAACCUCAACCUUGCUGAGCGAUAUUCAGAGUACACCAAGCGUGUCAAAGAACUGCAUCAGAUUGUUAAUCAGAACUCUGGACAGGCAGCGACACAAACAAAGUCUGCUGAGCAGAUGGCUGCUGAGAGAGCUAAGUUCUUGUUGAGACAAGCAUUUGAUGAAGAUGGGCAUGGAAAUGCAGAGGAUGCAACAGAACUCUACCUGAAUGCUGCUGAGAUGUGCAUAGAAGCUGCAAGAUCAUGCUCAUCUGGAGAGCAGAGAAGCAAGCUCAAUAUACUAGCCAAGCAAGCGAUGGAUAGGGCAGAACAGCUCAAGACAAAGAAUGAGCCAGUGCUACGCCUUCCAGAGCCUCCGUCCUCCCUUCCUGACUUGCCGAACAACGCCAGCAUCCAUACAUCUCACUCCUCCCAUUCCACACCCCAGUCCUCACCUAAGCCAACCAAGAGGAAUACUCACAGUGCAGGCAGUGCAAGUGUCGGGUCAAAUGAUGGCCGGCUGUCUGCAUCGGGAGGUGGUGGUGGUGGUGGUCCAAAUAGAGGAGGGAAUAGAGGUGGUGGAGGAGGCUCCUAUACAGCUGAAGAGAUUAAAGUACUAAGGACCACUUCAUUUAUUAAUGGUCGAGAGUUUCUUCCAUAUAUAUCGCAAGCUGACUUGAAAGAAAAGUUUGCCUUCUCUAUUCCUUUCACAGACAAGUUGGGUCAGCUAGCCUUAGCCGCUAAGCAGAAAUCCAGACUUGCUAAGUUUGUCCGACCAUCAGAAUUCUGCUCAGACCCACAGAUGAUCUUUGCUGUGUCAGCGUUCAGUAUAAAACAGACAAUUGUUCAGGAUUGUUCCUUCCUUGCAUCCUUGGCCAUCUCAGCUAACUAUGAAAGACGGUUCAAGAAGAGUGUUAUCACAAAAAUUGUCUAUCCCCAAGACAAGCAGGGCAAGCCAAUCUACAACCCCUGUGGGAAGUACAUGGUGAUCCUUCAUCUCAAUGGAGUCAAAAGAAAGGUGAUCAUUGAUGAUUAUCUGCCCAUGGAUAAACAUGGUGAUCUGCUGUGCUCAUUUUCCAACAACCGCAAUGAAUUAUGGGUGUCUCUGUUGGAGAAAGCCUACAUGAAGGUGAUGGGAGGCUAUGAUUUCCCUGGAUCCAACUCGAACAUUGACCUGCAUGCCCUAACAGGCUGGAUCCCUGAACGCCAAGCCAUCAGACCAGACUCCAAGGAAUUCGACAAAGACAAAGUCUUUGCUAAACUCAAAGACCGCUUCCAUAAAGGAGAUGUCCUUGCUACCUUGGCAACGGGCAUGAUGUCUGAUGCUGAAGGAGACCGGGCGGGACUGGUACCCACACAUGCUUACGCCAUGUUGGAUAUACGGGAGAUAAUGGGAAGAAAGUUACUGCAACUCAAGAAUCCUUGGAGCCAUCUGCGAUGGAAAGGACGAUACUCGGAGACAGAUGAGACAAACUGGACUGCAGAGCUUCAGAAGGCACUCAACUUUGACCCCAAGAAUGCUCAGCAGUUUGACAAUGGAGUGUUUUGGAUUGACCUGGAUUCAUUGUGUCACUUCUUUGAUGUCAUCUACAUGAACUGGAACCCCAAACUCUUCCCCUACACAUACGUCAUCCACAGUGAAUGGAAGGCUGGAGAGGGUCCGAAGAAAGACAACUUCAAUCUGUCCAACAAUCCCCAGUACAAACUGGAUGUCAGGGGCAAUGGGGCCGUGUGGGUGCUGCUGACAAGGCAUAUCACAGACAAGGAUGACUUUGCAGACAAUAAGGAAUUCAUCACCUUGCUGGUCUACAAAGGAGGCAAGAAGGUCUACUAUCCCAAUGACCCUCCACCAUACAUUGAUGGUACAAGAAUCAACAGUCCUCAUUAUCUCUGCAAGAUGCUGAUUCAAGACAAGAGCGUGUAUACAAUUGUAGUGUCUCAGUUUGAGAAGAGCAACACCAUUCGCUAUUCACUCAGGGUGUACAGUACCUGUGAGUUUAAGCUGAGCAAGAUGCCAGAGCCAUACACUAAUACCAAACAGAUCACAGGCGAGUGGAAGGGUAGGACUGCUGGGGGAUGUGCCAAUAACCGAGCAUCAUUUGUCAACAACCCCAUCUACCAGGUGACCUUACUGGACAAGACAAAAGGAAACUACUUCAUGGUUGACCUCAAGGGACCAAGGGAGUUCCAUGUUGGCUUUGAGAUUGUUGCAAUUGCCUCAGAUGGUCCAGGCACGGCAUCAUUCAACAAACAAAUGAGUGGCGAUUACAGACGGGGUUUCACUGUGGUUCAGCUGGAGGAUCUACCAGGAGGAACAUAUAACAUCCGACCCACAACAUUUGCUCCAGGACAAGAGGGGCCAUUCUUCCUAACAUUGUCUGCAUCAUGCCCUAUGAAAGUGGCUCAACUUCAAUGAUCUAAAUAAGACUGAACUAAGGACAAAACAAAGUGAUGAUACAGGAUCCACCCCUACUACAUCAUGUAGUUAUUGGUGUAAAACUUACAAUUGAUGACAGUGGCACUUCAAGGAUUUUUGAGUAUGGGAGCCAGGGGCUGGGGUGGUGGAAUCAGCAUCUUAUGGUAGGGAGCCUUCGGUGGUCUGUUUGGUCUCAAACAUUCUGGGCAUUUAUGUCCAGUAUAAAGCCCCUCUAUUUAUCCCUUCACAACUGGAUAAAUGACAGGAAAUACUAGUAACGUACAGAACUUGCUCGAUUGCACAAGACCAAUUCUAUAUCUACGAAAUUGCUGGCUAGAACUUACUGGCUGGAACUGCCAGGUUGCUUAGUCUGCUGAUAGCCAUGGAGUUUCUAACUGCUGCUUUGAUGAAUUUCAUUUUGAAAAACUCACAAAAGGGAGAGGAUACAGGGAAGACUACUGCAAUUUGAUCAAAGCCUGUAUGGGUCCUGAAAACCCUCUGCAAAUGGUUCCAGUGAAAUGAUGAACUUGCAGUAGUUUCCUCCCAUCUUCACUGCAGCAUUUGAGAACGCGCUUUGUUGAAUAACAAAUGUCUUAGACCUGCCAUAUUGGCAGUUCCUGCUGUGGUCAUAACCAGUCCCGGCAUUUUUUCCAAAAUCUAAGAAGCACUGACUUUGAGGAUUGAGUGACUGUACGAUUUCAUAAUUACGCAAGAAUCAUAAUCGAAGCGCCUUUUCAUUUCUGAUAUCAGUCUACCAGAAUGCGAUAUGCUAAUUGAGCCUGAACUGUCUUUGAUUGUUGCAAUGGUGUGAGCCUCGCCUUAACUACAUGUGGCAGUAGCUUCUAGCAUGAUAUCCUUCUCUAAAUACUCAGGUAAUCAGCGUUUUCCCUUUCUUUGACAACUCAAUGGAUUCAAUGUAGGUCAGAUGGUCCAUGUAAAGGAUAUCCAAGCCCUGCUCUUCUUCUAUGGUUUGUGCGUCAUUCCAGAGGAGAUUGUCUUAUAGCUGUGAGAUGAGAAUAGUUCAGCUGCCUUAUUGACAUCCACAUCAAUAGAUUGAAGCGUGUUGGAAAGUUGGUUUGUCUUGGUAUGUCAGUAAACAUUACAAGUGUCUUGAGGAACUGGGCAUUGACCUAUGCCAAUAGCAUCAACUGCCCAGUCAGCAUGGGGUUUCGUUAUCUAUUUCCUCUAACAGACAUAUCAGCGCUUGAAAUCAUUCUCUACCAUCCAGCAAGCGUUACUCUAAAGCCCAACAUGUCUGUCUUUCACUAGGAUACAUAUUCGUAUUGUCCACCUAUUUGAAAUGAACAUAAGAUCCACUCAUAAACACAUAGACUUCAACAAGUACCAAGCUUAGAUGAUGACAGCAUGAGUCAGUCAAGAAGUGUGCAUGAUACAAAUGUAUGUUCACUGCCAUGCUCAUCGUCUAAGCAUCGUUUUUGUGCACAUCACUAAAAUUACUCGCCAAGUGGUUUUAUGAAGUGAUGACUUGUUCUCACUGUGGCUUCACACCAGUACGCUUUGUUCGCCAACUGCCCAACAGAGGUUCCUUGCUUUUGAAUGUUCUUGUAUUCUGACCAGGCAACCAUUGCUUCGGUGAUAGUCAGCGUGACGUUUUGUUAAACAUCCAGGAUUCCCAACAACCUUCUUCCGUUUGGAAUAACCAGUACAAAUUGUAAUAGUAAUACAGGCAAAAGGACUGCAAAGAAUACAGAAUUGUCAUUUUCUGCCAAAUUGUAUGUGCAGGCCGAGUCAGCUUGCUUUGGCAAGUUUGAAGUAAAUGUCAGCCUGAGAUAUAUAUUAUGAUCAUAAAUUGUCAGUUAUAACUGGCUGUCACAGGUUUCAGCAAUCAUACCUUUACCUUCAUCAACACAUUUAGCUAGUGUUUUUUUGUAGAAAGAUUCAUAUUCAUCUUGAGGUACAAAUGCUUAUCUUUUAUAGUUAUAAAAGUUUCGAUGGAAGGGGUGUCGUGCAAUUGCUUUAUUUUUUUUAUUAAACAGUUCAGCUUCUAUGUGUAUAGCAACAGUUUCAUAUGCUUCAACUUGCGUCAAAUCAAAAUUAAUGUUAAAUGUAUACAAAUCACAAACAGAAACAGUUCAAGAAAGCAGAGUUUCCGAUCAAGUAAACAUUUUAUUCUCUAAUCUGAAACCCAAGACAUAUAUACAUAAAAGUGUGUUGAUAUGAAAUAUAGAUACAAAAGAACAAACACUGUACAGAAAGGUGUGGUGGUUUUUACAAAGCAUAAGUUAACUUAAAACACUUGUUGAAUAAAUAGUCAUUUUGUAAAUAUUGCCUUUUUGAGGCCCAUGAGCAUCAGCAGUGAUUGAAAUAUAAAUUAUUUUAUGCUUUAGAAAGUUCUAAAAGGUGGUCUUUUAAAUGGCAAAAUAAUGUAUGUAUAAUGCAAUUUCAUUUAAAUUUAUUUGAUAAAACAUUUUCUAAUGAGCAAAUGUUAUAAUAGUUAUCAUGGUGGAAAAUACGUUCCAACAAAUCUUCAUAUUAAUGUAUGAGUAGCAUUGCUGAUUUGUAUUCAUCAGUUAUAAUAUGACAGGUCUUGAUCAUCAAGGAACCUGCAUCAGUAUGCUUAGAUAUUUGGCCAUUUGCCCAGACUUACAGUUAUUUUUUUUCCAACUUUCAACAUUUUCAUAGCCACGGAAAUGUCUUUUUAAUCAAGUGGCACUAAUUCAGAAAUAAAGGGUUUCUCAUCGUAAAAAAUUGGAAGACUUCUAACUUCAUUAGUUAACUUACAUGAUGAAUGUAAACUAUUCAAGUAUACAUGUAUGUUUACUGCGCAAGCAAGCAAUGUUACAACUGAAUGCACACUUCAUUCAGUGUGUUAAACUCAUCUAUUGGUUACAAAAACAUUCACGUCAGCUAGUUUAGUAUCUAGGCUUUUUUGUUUGGCAAAAAGUGAAAGAAAUAAAAUAGCACCUUCAGAGUGUUUCUUUUUAGAA